CAUGCACUAUAUAUCUUGAGUAGAGAGUAAAACUCCUACCUUCUCUGUUUAUACUUCCUCUCUUUUCUUAGCUCUUUUUGGCUUUAGUCCACUAAUUUUAGGUAGAAGAUCGAGAGUUGGAGUUUGUUUCCCGCCAAAAACAACAAAGAAAUUAAUCUAUUUUUCUUUUUCCACUCAUCAACUUGUUUCUCAAAUCAUUUGUAUAACUGCAACUUUUUCCACACUUCAACUUUUUAUACAAUAAUAUUGAUCACUAUUCACUCACUUCAACCAGUUGUUGAUUGUUCUAGUACUCUUUUUUGAGCAAAAAGAUGAACUUAUGAUGUUUUCUUAAUGUUUUUUGGUGCUCUGUUUGCUUUCCGAUCUUUUAAAUCGAACUGUAAUUUUAAGUUUUUGGUAUACCAUGACGGAAAAUUCAGUUCCGUUGAUUAAAUUCACUCAACACAUAGUAACUACAAACAAGCAUGUGUUUUCUGAGCACAGUGAAAAAUCCAAUUCAGAGUUACAGAGAAUUGUGAGGAUUAUACUUACAGAUGCCGAUGCUACAGAUUCUUCCGACGAUGAAGGCCGGAAUACUGUUCGGAGAGUGAAGAGGCACGUGACGGAGAUCAACCUCAUGCCGUCAUCCAAGUCGAUCGGCGACCGAAAACGAAGAUCGGUUUCGCCGGAUUCUGACGUCACUCGUCGGAAAAAGUUUAGAGGCGUUCGUCAAAGGCCGUGGGGUCGUUGGGCAGCAGAGAUUCGGGACCCGAACCGUGGAAAACGGGUGUGGUUGGGAACUUAUGAUACCCCAGAAGAAGCAGCAAUCGUUUACGAUAAAGCUGCAGUUAAGCUCAAAGGUCCUGACGCCGUUACCAAUUUUCCGGUGUCAACAACGGCGGAGGUAACGGUAACGGUAACGGAGUCUGUUGCCGACGGUGGAGAUAAAAGCGAAAACGACGUCGCUUUGUCACCCACCUCAGUCCUCUGUAACGAUGAUUUUGCGCCGUUUGAUAAUCUAGGGUUCUGCGAAGUGGACGCUUUUGGUUUCGACGUUGAUUCACUUUUCCGGCUGCCGGAUUUUGCUAAGACGGAGAAAUACUACGGCGAAGAAUUCGGCGAGUUUGACUUUGACGAUUUUGCCCUUGAAGCUCGAUAGUGUACGAGGGGCUAUUUCGUCUAUUUUUGCAAAUGGGUUCACACUGGUUAGUUGACUGGUGACUGGUAUUUUUGGCGGGAAUAUAUAUAGUGAUUAGCAGUCUCUAUUCAUACGAAGACUUUGUGAGAGAUUUUUGUUUUUAUUUUUCUGUUAAUUGUGGGUGAACAUUGUAAUAUGAAAAAUUUUGUAUGGUGCAAUUGAGUUAAUUAACGAUGAAGAUAAGGAGAGUGAAGGGGAUGUGUGUAUUUUACG